AUGGCACCUAUUGAAUAUAUACUGUUUGAAGAGCCCACUGGGUAUGCUAUCUUCAAGGUGAAGUUGCAGCAAGACAACAUCGGCUCUAGAUUGCAAGAAGUGCAGGAGCAGAUCAAUGAUUUUGGCUCUUUUACCAAGUUGGUAGAACUAGUCUCUUUUGUGCCUUUCAAAGGAGCUGCAGAAGCUCUUGAAAAUGCGAAUGACAUAUCUGAAGGAUUGGUUUCGGAGAGUUUGAAAGCGGUUUUGGAUUUGAAUUUACCAAAGGGCUCAAAGAAGGAGAAUAUCACGCUAGCUAUCUCUGAUAGAAAUUUGGGACCUUCUAUCAAGGAAGAAUUCCCGUACGUGGACUCUGUUUCUAACGAGUUGGCUCAAGACUUGAUCCGUGGUGUUAGAUUACACGGUGAAAAACUGUUCAAGGGUCUUGAAUCUGGUGAUUUGGAGAGAGCCCAAUUGGGUUUGGGUCAUGCUUAUUCUAGGGCCAAGGUUAAGUUCUCAGUUCAAAAGAACGAUAACCAUAUCAUUCAAGCAAUUGCCUUAUUAGAUCAAUUGGAUAAGGACAUCAACACCUUUGCCAUGAGGGUCAAAGAGUGGUACGGCUGGCAUUUUCCAGAGUUGGCUAAACUUGUGCCUGAUAACUACAAGUUUGGUCAACUUGUAUUGUUUAUCAAAGAUAAGGCUUCUUUGAACGAAGAUUGCUUACACGAUUUGGCUGCUAUACUAAACGACGAUGCCGCAAUUGCCGAAAGAGUCAUUGAUAAUGCUCGUAUUUCGAUGGGUCAAGAUCUUUCGGAGACCGAUAUGGAAAAUGUCUGUCCUUUUGCUCAAAGAGUCGUUUCUUUGGCAGAAUACAGAAAGCAAUUGUUUGAUUAUCUAUGUGAAAAGAUGCACACCGUUGCUCCAAAUUUGUCUGAACUGAUCGGUGAAGUUAUUGGUGCUAGGUUAAUUUCUCACGCUGGUUCUUUAACUAACUUAUCUAAACAAGCAGCAUCAACAGUUCAAAUUUUGGGUGCCGAAAAAGCUUUAUUCAGAGCUUUGAAAACAAAAGGUAAUACUCCAAAAUAUGGUUUAAUCUAUCAUAGUGGAUUUAUUGCUAAGGCCUCAGCAAAGAAUAAAGGUAGAAUUUCAAGAUAUCUUGCAAAUAAAUGUUCUAUGGCUUCAAGAAUCGACAAUUAUUCUGAUGAACCAACGAAUGUUUUCGGUUCAGUAUUAAGAAAACAAGUCGAGCAAAGAUUAGAAUUUUACAGCACCGGUACACCAACUUUGAAGAAUGAGUUAGCUAUUAAAGAAGCAAUGGAUCUAUACAAUGAAGGAAAACCUGCAAGUGAAGAGGAGGAAAAAGUUCAAAGUGAUGAAAAGAAAUCCAGGAAGAGAAAGCUAGAAGAGUCAAACGAAUCUGAAGGUGAAGAAGAGGAAGAACAAGAGGAAAAGAAAGAAAAGAAGAAGGUAAAGAAAGAGAAGAAAGAAAAGAAGGAGAAGAAGGAAAAGAAAGAGAAGAAGGAGAAGAAAGACAAGAAGGAGAAGAAAGAGAAGAAGGAAAAGAAGAAGAAGAACUAG